AUGGACUCUGUCGUGGACUGGCACAACCUGGAGCACUUUUUUGAAACAGAAUCAGACGCAGCUGUAGCGCUGCUUGAAAACUCUUUGGGAUUUCUGAUUUCUUCCAUCAUUUUCUGGCUCCAGGACACAAAACAAGAGGAGAUUAAAGAUGUAAUCAAAGAACUCAUGAUCUGCUUGGAACAGAACAACACAGCUGAACAUAAUACUUUGGAUGUCUUGCCAAGCAACAGCACCUUUUCUAUUCCCCCUUCAGUUCCAGAAAUCCCCGUGGACCUCACAUUCAAACCACAGAUACAUAACGUCUUGUCUACAGCAAGGCUCGGCUGUAAAUUGGACCUAAACUUUAUAGCCAGAAACAAGUGGAACUGUGAGUACAACCCAAAGACUUUUCCAGCAAUCACCAUAAGAAUCCGUAAGCCAAGAUCCACAGCAAGAUUGUUUAGAAACGGGACCCUUGUUUGUGCAGGAGCCAAGAGCAUUGACGAGUCUCACCGAGCAGCCAGGAAGUUCGCCCGAAUAGUGCAAAAGCUCAACUUCCCGGUCCGCCUUCUGAACUUUCAAAUCAAGAACAUUUUGAGCUGUGGCAAAUUCUUCCCAGUUCACUUAGCAGAUGUUCGACAGGCAUAUAAUAAAGAGUGCAGCUACCACCCGGAGCUGUUUCCAAGUCUCUUUUUUCGGGGGGUUCCUGGAAUCACUGCCACCAUCUCUCCAAAUGGGUAUGUAAUUCUAAAUGGACCUCGAAGUACUGAAGAGAUCCAUAAAGCAUCAGAAGCCAUCUCCCUGAUCCUGAGACCCUUCAGGAAGCAGUGAAAACUAGAGCUGCUCUAUUUUAAACUGCCUGUGAAAUACAAACAAUUUUGAAUAAAACGAUAAAUCUCAUUAAAUUGUUUAAAGAGAAAGUUUGGGCUGUA